CUAUGCGGUGACGUCCCUGGAACCGGGACACAUUAUUCCUCUACCAAUGUGGUUUAGCCGCUCAUUAACUGUAACGGGCAAGUUUCACUGUUUUGACUGUCUCCACAAGUUGUCAGGAGAGUUACAUGUAACUCAAUGUUGUAAACGGUAAUCGCCGGUCAAUAGGCCAAAUGGUUAAAGAGGAAGCGCCGUGUUAUUGCAAAAUAUGCUUGGUGGGUGGGUCUUAAAUGCCAGCGCCAAUGAAACGAAUAGAAUGAGCUGUAUAAAAGACGGGGACGUUUCAGUUUCAUGUAAUAUAAUUGCCAUUUAUCACCGUUGUACAAAAGUGUGGUGGAACUAGAAUUACAGGGAACUGUCGUAGUUCGUUCUAUUUGAGUGGCGUAAUCAUAUAUUUCUGUAGACAACUACGCGCGAGGUUGUUCCUCAACGCAUCGUUCACAAUGGCUGGGCUGGUGAGUAGCAGAGGGUGUCACAAAAUCAGGGGUUCCCAAAUAAGAGAGCUCCUCGACUCCAAGCUCAACGUCCUUUUUGAUUGCGACGGAGUCAUCUGGAAUGGCGAAACGGUAGUGGCAGGCGCGCCAGAAGUGGUGACGCUACUGAAACAGCAAGGCAAAAAGGUAUUUUUCAUCACCAACAACUGUACUAGGCCCAGAGCGAGCUACGUGACGAAGUUUAUCCGGUUGGGCUUCACUGAUGUCGCAGAGGAGGAGAUCUUCAGCUCGGCGUACUGCUCUGCGGCUUAUCUGCGAGACGUGGCGAAGUUGCAGGGUAAGGUGUAUGUCAUAGGGUGCCAGGGCGUUGUGAAGGAGCUACGGGAGGCUGGGGUUCCCAUAGUGGAGGAGGACACUAACGCACCCACUGGGACCAUUUACGACUACCCGUUGGACCCAGAAGUAAAGGCAGUGCUGGUGGGAUAUGACGAGAAAUUUGAUUUCAUAAAACUGGCCAAAGCCUGCUGCUACUUACAGAAUACUGAGUGCCUGUUUCUGGCCACUGAUCCUGACCCUUGGCACCCACUGCGAGGAGGCAGAAUAACACCAGGUUCAGGAAGCCUCACGGCGGCUGUGGAGACAGCCAGCAGCAGGAAAGCCACGGUGAUCGGGAAGCCCAGCUGCUUCAUGUUCGAGUGCAUCGCCAGCCAGUUCAACCUGGACCCCGGCCAGUCCCUCAUGGUGGGUGACCGCCUGGAGACUGACAUCCUGUUUGGGGCUAACUGUGGCCUGGACACCAUGCUCACCCUGACCGGAGUGUCCACUCUAGAGGAGGCGCACGGCUACAAGGACAGUGACGACCCCGAGCGGAAGGACUUCGUGCCAGAUUACGUGGUGGAGACCAUUGCCGAUUUCAUUGAAGCGUAUGAAGAGGAGGAAGGCUGAGGAGGACUAUAGAAAGAGGAGACCCCUGAAGCUGUGCCUGAGAGACCUGGGUCAUGUUCAUUAGAGUACGCAACGGAAAGCGUUUUAAACCGCUUUGCAACGGAAAGUGAAAAUUCCCUCCCUGUUUCAAUCCAUUUGGUGCCUAAUGAACACGACCCUGGAUAUAUCAGAAAAGGGAUUCGUUUGGUGGUGUUAUAAGCAGUCAUUUGUAAAGCCUUUAAGAAGUCAGUGUGAUGUGUUAUAGUGCUUGUGACAGGCAUGCUGUGCUUUUUAUGCCAAUAAUCUUUGUCAUGAGGCAUGUAAAGAUGUGGCAUAACAUUUUGGAAAUGUUUUUGCAAUUUACAUGCUUAUGGCAAGUGAUAAUGACAUUGACCAGGAUGCAAUCAGAGAUGUGUUGUAGACGAGCCCAUUUCACUACAAUGAAGAUCGCGUUCACGGUAAAACGCUGAAGAUGUCAACUCAUGAGGAAAUUAUCUUUUAAAUGUCAAGCACUGUGCACUUGUAUACAACAUGUCUUUGAUUGAGUCCAGGCCAUUGUGUAGUAUUUUGGAAAGCUUUAUGAAUGGUGGCAUAAGACCACCUGGAACAUUAUAUACUGACACCAAUAAUGCAGUGUGAGACUCCACCUGGUUGUAGUUCCUAGUGUUCAUUAUUUGGGACAUUUAUUGGUGUAGUAGGAAUGUCUUUGGUUGUACUGUAGUAUAGCAUAGACGUCACCAUAUGAGCCCAAUAUACAAGCUGUUCUAUUUUCCUUGAGACCAUCCAGUGUUGAAAUGGAUAGGGAUCCAUCAAAGCGAAUCAUAACACCCAACGUAAAUGGACUGAAGUCAUCUAAACUCACAGAGCCAACUGUGCUGUUCCACAGUCAAAACAUAAGAUAACGUAAGCUGAAAGCUUCCCUUGCAGCACCUUCAUCUUUAGUAUACCAAACCAAAUACUGUGUUAGGUUUGAAUCCAACAACUGGUAUACCAAACCAAAUGUUGUUUUUAGAGCCAACUGUCCAACAUUUAGCUCUGGAUAUAUGGAAAUAGGGCUGGAGAAUUGGUUUGCUGGAAAUAUGGAUAAAAUACUUGGUUUGAUAUUGGUUAGUUUUCCCACCAAGUCAAACCUUUGUUAAUGUGUGCCAGCAGCCUUGCUGUAGUUUUGGAUCCUUUGGUCAAUGAAUCCUUGACUGUAACAAAUAUGACAUGGAAAUUGUUCUCACUUCUCACCUUUCUAAAGAACAGAGCAUACGAGUGGUCCUGAAUUAAUCAUUACCAACAAUGAAAUGUGUAGGACUGUAUGUAGAUCCAAUGACCUUUUGAUAAGCCUUCUACUGAUCUAUUCUACAAGUAAUAAUAUUUGAAUAGAACUUCAAGGGAUACCAAUGUUCAAUGAACUGAAAUGUGAAUUUGCAGUGGAAAAUAUUGUACAGUAGUUUGGUAUUUGAAAGUCAAAAAGGAACUAGUAUUUUCCUUAACCAUACCACUGUAGAAUGUUAAGUAGCUGAAAUGUUAACUAUUAGGUGUAUUUGGGAACUGGAUUUUCAAUGGUUUUUUUAUCGACAGGUGGUUAUUAACCUGAAGAAGGGUGUGUGGAUUUCAGUCAGGGUAAUAACAAGAAUGGCAGACAAACAUUAUUUUAAUUGAGGGUAUCACCAUUUUUUUUUAUCAGUCUUUUUACUUAGCUGGAGGUUGUGCUAGAAUUUUAUUGUAAGACUUAAGACACAUUUUCAUACUGUAGAUGAAGUACCUAUUUCAAUGGAAUGCCAACCUGUUUUGUAUGAACUUCAGACAUUCUGCAUAUUGUGAAUUAGGUUUGUACAUUACUUAAUGUAGUGUACAAUUGCAUUUUGUUUUUUUAAUUAAAACUCUUGCUUUGUAUAA